CUCCGUAAAAAUAUAUGUUAAUAAGAGUUACUUGUCAAUUAACCGGCAACAAUGUAUCAUUAAUUAAUUCAUUUAAUAGCAAUAAAAAAAGAAUUAACGAAUAACGUUCCAGUAACACCCGGUACGCCAGCGAACCACUCUUUUACGUUUACGUUAACGUUAUAAUAGAAAGAGAGUUAAGAGAAAGAGUAAAAACUAAGGGAAUGAAAAUAAUAGCUGUGAAGAUGAAAGCCUUAAAUUGAGCACUGAAGAUUCACAGUUCCUCUUUCUUGAGUUUCCAUUCUAUGCAAUUGCCAAAUUAGACUGAAAAAAUAUAUGGCGAAGUCGAACCCUGCUCCGACGUCGUUUCCUGCAAUUAAGCCAGAGCACUACGUGCACAGUCCGGCUCACUACGCCGUCGUUUUGGGAGACCACGCAACCCUUUCUAGAAUAAUCUCCUCUCUCCCUCGAUUACCAGACCCAUCUCAAAUCCUCACUGAGUCUGACUCGCUCGCUCAGGAACGACUCACCGACAAAAUUUCCGCCGUCAUCGACCGUCGCGAUGUUCCCUUCAGGGAGACUCCUCUCCAUCUCGCCGUUCGUCUCAACGACCUUUCCGCCGCCCGCGCCCUUUCCUCCGCCGGCGCCGACGUUUCCCUUCACAAUUCCGCUGGCUGGAGCCCCCUCCAGGAAGCCCUCUGCCGCCGCGCCUCCGACAUCGCCCUCCUCCUCGUCCGCCACCAUCACCGCUCCGCCUGGGCCAAGUGGCGCCGCCGUCUCCCUCGCCUCGUCGCCGUCCUCCGCCGCAUGCGUGACUUCUACAUGGAGAUCUCCUUUCACUUCGAGAGCUCCGUCAUUCCCUUCGUCGGCAAGAUCGCACCCUCCGACACCUACAAAAUCUGGAAGCGCGACGGAAACCUCCGCGCCGACACCUCCCUCGCCGGCUUCGAUGGCCUGAAGAUCCAGCGAGCAGAGCAGACUUUCCUCUUCCUCGGCGAUGGCGAUCGCGCGCACGAUAUCCCCUCCGGUUCGUUGCUCGUUCUCAACCACGACGACCGGAAAAUCUUCGACGCCUUCGAGAACGCCGAAGCUCCGAUGAGCGAUUCCGACGCGGCAGGGUUCUGCUCGCAGACGAGCGUUUACCGGCCGGGAAUGGAUGUGACGAAGGCUGAGCUUGUGGGAAGAACGAAUUGGAGAAGGCAAGAUAAGACGGAGAACGUGGGAGAGUGGAUGGCACGGGUUUACGAAGUGCACAACGUGAUUUUCAGCUUCCGGUCACGGAAAAUCGCAGCCGGGGAUUCCAACGUUGCGGGGAGCGAGCAGGUGCUGCCGUUGGAGCUGGACGAAGACGAAGACGGUUUUCUCGUGGCUGAGAUUCCAAUGCCAGUGUCUUCCUCUGACAAGAGAAGACACAGUAGCUUCGUUCGAGAAGAGAGGGAGUGGGUCCCAUCGGGUAGAAAAAGCGUGGACCUACCUUCAAUUGCGGUCCCACCGCCAAGAAGGUCUUCGGCUUCGUUAAGAGCGGCGCCACAGCCACAGCCACCGCUACCGCCGCCGCAGACGAAGGAGAAGGAGUACGUGAGAAGUUUACGGCCGUCGGUGUGGCUGACGGAGCAGUUUCCGUUGAAGACGGAGGAGCUGUUGCCGCUGCUGGACAUUCUGGCCAACAAGGUGAAGGCAGUGAGGAGGCUGAGAGAGUUGCUCACCACCAAGUUUCCACCGGGGACUUUUCCGGUCAAGGUGGCUAUCCCGGUGGUCCCUACGGUGAGGGUGGUGAUUACGUUCACCAAGUUCGUGGAGCUGCAACCUAUGGAGCAAUUCUACACACCAUUCUCUAGUCCUAGACAUUUGCUCAGUGAAGAUGAUGAUCACCAAAAACCAGAAAGCCACCACUCUUCACUUUCUGGGGCAUCCACGUGGCUGAGACGAAGUAAUAGCCAAUUGAGAAAUAAGCAGCAGCAGCAACGAUGUUCUUCUGGAGCAUUGGAUUCAGACCCAUUUGCCAUUCCUGCUGGAUAUACAUGGACCAAUCAUGGAGAUGAUUCAUCACGCAAAAUCAGCAAGUCCAAGUCUGUGAGAAGAUCCAAGCGACAGGAAGCAUAAUCAAAGGAAUAUGACGCAUUAAUGGGAAAAUUUUAAGUUGAAAGAAUUCCAUAAGACAGACAUGAAUGAUGUAGAUAUCCUGUCUAUUUUUAUUUUUUAUUUAAUCAACUGGGGGCGUUGGGAUAAUGGUGUUCAUAGAGGGAGGUUUAGCAGCAAAUUGAUUGACAGAAAGGGUACUUAGAACUGCAUUAUUUUGCUCACAGUUUUGUUUUUUCUAUCUUAAUUAUAUACAAAUUUUAUGUGGUUUCAUUUUCCAUUUUUGGAUUUGACUUUUCUAGCUAGUUUUUGGCUAAAUUUCAAUUUAUUAUUGCCAAUGCCACCCUCCAUGUGCUAGAUUGUGACCAAGUUUCCAGUCCUAUAGGAUUGCCAAUUUUUAACGGAGAUGUGGAUUUUAAAAUUUGGUAAGCGAGGAUCCCAAAUGCCAUCGGAAUAUUUUUUUGUUACUUUUUCCUUGUAUUAUUAAUUAUAGGGGAAUUGAAUUGACGUGCCGUCCAUUGCACCUCCUUACCCACGACCCCGAGAAAUUAUAGUCCACUUUUCAUGUAGUGAUAUGGGGAGGAACAAUGACCAAAGUGUCACGUUUGGACAAAAAAUUUACCAGACUGCCACGCCAACAGUA